UUACGUGAACAGCGUCGUGGAGUCGGUGAGCACGCGGGCUGCCCUGCAGCGCCACUAUAGCCGACGACGCAACUGUGACCUGCGCGACCUGCUGGGGGGCACCGACAGGCUCAUCACCAGCCUGCUGCACCUGCAGGACACAGAACCUGGCCUGUUGCUUGGCGCCUACCACACCCUGCCUCUGCCACAGGCCAAUCUUGUGUUUGCGGUGGUGGUGACGGGACUGCAGGUGGUGAGUGUGGUGAGGCUGAAGACUGUGGUGCUGCACCCUGCAGACCUCCACCUUCUCUGUAACCUCGUCCACGCCUCCGACAGCCUCAGGGCCUCUGAAAACUGGAUGCCCAUCUGCCUGCCCCAGUUCGAUCCUGACGGUUACCUGUACGGACACGUGUCGUACUUGUCGGAGGUGUGCGACGCGUGCCUGCUGCUGCUCACCGUCGACAAGGAGCAUUUCUACACGCUUUCACAGGCCAAGCAGAAGAUUACGGAGAAGCUGCGACGGCAACACGUGCUGGACAAGCUGGUGUGUCGGGGCAGCGGAGGGGCAGCUACAGUGUCAGGAGGCUACCCCGUGUCAACAGUGGGCUGCCCUGAACUGCGUCACUUCGUCUACAAGAACAGAGCCCUGGCACAGUAUACUGCGCCCAUCUACUGUCCCCCUUACCACACCGAGGAGACGCGUGCACUGCCGGUGCGUCUGUACGAGCGACUGCAGCAACGCGUGCGAUGUCAGGAGCGCCCGCUCAAAAUGCUUUACUGCUCAGCUGCUGACCACGCCACCAUUGCCUGGGUGAGUGUCAGCCUUAUCACUGCUGCUGCUGACCACGCCACCAUUGCCUGGACAAUAUUCUAA